AUGUGGGGACUUAGAAAUGUUGGAGAGAUUGUCAACGUUCAAGAAGUUUAUGAUGGUUACCCCAACAUAUUCUCUAUUGAACUUCAUCACGGAGGGAGUUUCACAAAGUUUCCAAAUAUCAGGUAUAUUAAUGGCCAAGUAAGGUACUUUGAUGUUGUCGACAUUGAUGAAUUUUCUGUUCAUGAACUAGACUCGAUGAUGAGAGAAUUAGGGUAUGAUGGUACUGAAAUCAUGUAUUACCAUUUCCGUUUGCCUAAUGAAGGAUUUGACUUUGGACUCCGAGCAUUAGGUAACGAUGAUGAUGUGCGUAAUCUCUCACGAUAUGUUACCCAUAAUAACAAAAUGAUUAAAGUGUACACAGAGCAUGGUCAAACGAACUUGCUUACAUAUUUUAUGUCCCCAACUGGUCCAAAAAGGGUUAUAAUAGAAGACAUGGAGAAGCAGGAUUGCAUUAGACCCUCAUCACCUGUAGUUGCUCAUGAAGUGGUAACUCCAAUCCAAAUUGAUGUUGGUGAGGGUGAUUUAGGGUUAGCAUUAACCUUAUACAAAUCAGCAACACCUGAAUUUAGUAGGUCUAAAGGUUGGAAACAUAGUAAAGGGGCAUCGUCUUGUAGUAGAAUGCUUAAAUUGGAUUGGGAAGGUGCUGAAAAAACAAUGGCAAGUGGUGAAGUUGAUAAGGGUAAGGGUGUAGAAGGAUUUGUAGAUGAAUUUGUUGUAGUUGAUGCAGAAAAAGAGUUAAACAAAGAGAUUGAUGUGAAUGAAGAACUUGAUGUGAACAAAUCCAAUGGUGAGGGUGUAGAAGGAUUUGCAGAUGAGGGGUAUAGAGUUGUCAUGGAUAAUGAUCCUCAAGGAGUCAAUGAAUUUUCAACUAACAUCAACAUAGAUGAUGAGUUAAUGACAAACUUUCAACCUUUUGAAGGGUUUGAAGACGAAGAUAGCAUCCCAUUUAAUGGGUUUGAAGGCCAAGAUAAUAUUCCUUUCAAUGAUGAGUGCAGACAAGAGGAGCCUGAUGACAUUGAGUUUGAGAAUCAAAACAGUGAAGAUGAAGAUAGUGACUUUAUGAUUGAUGAGGACAACAUAAUUGAAGAUGUUGACGUUGACAUGGAGGAUUUCAAUCUAAAUAUUGAUAUAGAAGCAGAGUUCAAUGGAUGUCAAAGAAUGGGUGGUCAAAGAAAUGAAGAUAGUGUUGAAGAAGAUGAUUUGGAGGUAAUUGACAAUGACGAGUGGGAUUCACUAAGUGAUGACUCAGGGGACAACAGGAAAAGAAGAGAAAUGAUCAAAGAGCUGGGGAAACAAACCUUAUGUUCUGCUGGUGAGGUGCACAAGGUAGCUUUUCAUAUUGGGCAGAAAUAUAAAGCCAAGAAAGAAUUGAAAGAUAAAAUUGACCUGCAUGCUUUAGAGACAAGGAGGAAUAUCUCAUUCACAAAAAACGACAAGAGUAGAUUAACAGCUGUUUGUGAUGGAACUGUAGUUUUAAAUGCAAGUGGGGUAGGUGGACCUACCCCUGGGAAAAAGGUAAAGGGAAGGGCAAUUUCAGACAUGUUAUUGAAUAACCUUUGUGAAGUGUUCAAUAGCAAACUUGUAAAAGGGAGAGACAAACCCAUUAUCAGUUGUUUGGAGUUCAUCAGAGAGUACCUUAUGAAGAGAGUAUGCAAUGUGAUGAAGGUGUUAAACAAGUGUCAAGGUCCAUUAACUCCAACUGGUACUAGGAUUUUGGAAGCAAACACAACACUAGCUAGCAAGUAUCAUGCACGAUGGAAUAGGGGACAAAAGUAUCAGGUUAAAGGUCCAUGGAAUGAUCAACAUGUGGUGGACAUGGAGAAAAGGGAGUGUAGUUGUAGAAAGUGGGAGCUUACUGGAAUUCCUUGCAAACAUGCUAUUGCAAGCCUAAAUGAAAUGGCAGACAACAAUGAAAAGGUGGAGCCUAUCAAAGGUAGAGCCAUGUGGCCUAAGAGUGACUGCCCAACAACUCUUGUGCCUCCACCACACAACAAAGCUAUAGGCAGGCCAAAAAAGAAAAGAAGGAUUACAGCAGAGGAAAGGAUUGAAAUCCAGCAACGUAAGAGGCAAGCAAACAGUCAAAGUCAAAAUGAUAAUGAAACUCAAUCACUGAGCAGGAAGUUUUUGACUGUUACAUGUAGUAAGUGUAAGCAAAAGGGUCACAAUGCCAGGACCUGCAAGGCCAAAGAUGGGAAUUGA